AUGGAUAUUCCAAGGAUAUUAGAACACCUAAACGACUAUCAUCAAAAUCCCAACGACGAAAACGGAAUCGACGCUUUCAGUGAAGAAAUCAAAACUCUACUGGCUGAAUCUACCAAAAUUUUGGAUAGCAUUGGCUCCGAUAUCAGCUGAAACACAAUGAUAAGCAGAAUCAAUAAUCUUCUAUACUAAAUCCAUCACAAUAAAUCACUCUAGAUUUAAUUUUACAAUUCAAAAUGGCUAAAUCCCAUACAAAUUUUUAAUAUAUAACCAAAAAAUUAUGGUCAAUAGGAAUCCUCAGGGACAAAAAAGCUAUACCCAAGUCUCCUAACCACCAAGAAAUAAAAUUUUUUAGCCUUCUUGCGACACAUGCAAACUCAGCUAAACUAAAUAUUAAUAUCCCAACCACCCUUAUUAGGCUGAAAUCAGAACCGUCUCCUCUUCUAAUUCAAACCAAUAAAAAAAAUAUUGUGGAGAUAAGAGAAUGUGUGGAAAAAGAAUUUUUUGAGCUGGAAAGCACAAGCAGCAGCCCAGGCUUCCCUUCGUUCUGCUUUAAAAAUUUCGCUAAAGAAAUCGUAGUUGCGUUUUCAAAAGAAACGGCAGCCAAACUGUGAAAUUCUAGCAACGAUGACGCUUUGAUGCAAUUUUUCAUACAAAGUCAAGCAAACCCAUCAGCGAUUACCAGGGUGUUAUGGAAAAAAGGGACAAAAAAUAAAUAUUUUACUAUAAUAAAUAGAAAAGCAGCCACAAAAAGGCUCAUACACAACGCUUCAGGGACUUUGACAUCUAAACGAAAAAAGCUUACGACUGGGUUCCGCUAUUCUCUUGCCUCGUUGCCUAGCCCUUCUCCUACCUACCCAUUUAAAUCCAAAAAAUCUUCCAAAGGUGAAAACCCUUUUGGCUCCCCUUAUAUGUCCAAAAAUAAAUCCCGCAGGUCCGAUAUUUUUAAAACCUUUUCCAACGAUACAAAAUCCGCGACUAAUUUUGACAAUUUAAUUGAGAAAAAUAUGGUGAUUCACGGGAAUAAAUGCAAAGAAUAUUUAGUUAUCACAAAUGAUACAGCCAGCUGCCUGGCUAGCGAAAGUUUUGGGAAAAUUGAAGAAAUUGAUGAAAUGGUCAAUGAGGUGGCUGAGUUUUUGACUUAUCAUGUAUUUAAUAGAGAAACAAAAGGACUAGUACUUGACUUUGUGAAGGAUAUUAAUAAUAAAUGGUUUUUACUUGACUGUAAAGAACAUCUAAUUGACCAUUCGAAACAUAUGGAGAAAAGCAAUAAGGUGCAUAGCCCGAAAUACCCAUUGAAACUGACUGAUAUGGACAUUCCAGGGAUGCAUAGGACUGAUACAGGGAGCAUGAGCGAGCUGAACCACCCAAUGUCUGCAAGGGCUAAACAAGUUCAAAGGAGGAAAACAGUGGAAAAGCUGACCCCGAUUAAGAAAAGAAAAGCAACUGUAAAAAUGAAUGAUAUUUAUGACAGGUUUAACAAAAUUAAUGAAAAAAUAGACCGCUUAAGCUCUCAAAAGAUUUCUCAUUCCUCAUUGACAAGGUCAGAAAGCAUCCAAAAUUACCUUACUCCCCCCCCCCCCUCCGUGAGCGAACAAAAAAAUUUUGUUCGCUCACGGAGGGGGGUUAAUUUUUUUUUUUAAAAAAAAUUUAUAUAUAAAUUUUAUAAAAAAUAUUUUUUUCGAAAUUUAAAAAAAUCCUAAUUUGCAAAAAUUGGGAAGCAAAUAUUAAUUUAAUUUGCAAAAUUUAUGUUUUAAAACGCAAUUUGUUUAAAAUUAAACAGAAUUAGCUCUAGAUUUCAUUAUACUAAUUAUCACUUAUAUAUCAAAAUUUUUUUCCAUUAAAAUUUUUUCUAUUAAAAAAAUUUUUGUUCACUCACGGAGGGUGGGUUUUUGGUCAAAAAAUGGCGAUUUUUCUAAUGGUUUUGUUCGCUCACGGAGGGGGGGGGGAGUUAGUAAUUAUAAUAAUUUUCAGCCUCAUCUUCCUGACUUAACUCCUACCCAUGCUUCAGUCGCUAAAUUUGAUAAAUGUCCAUUUGGAGAGCAAAAGCAUGACGAAAGCCCUGUGGUUUUAUCUACACGAAAAUAUUUUUCAGAAGCUGUUGACAAUUACGAAGAAAUGAAAAUGAAUGUAAAUAUCGCAAAAACAAAAAAAAUAAAUUUAUUCACAAAAUAUGGUGGAGAAGCUUUUUGGAGCAAAUUUAUAUAUACUUUUUUUAAAAAAAUAGGCAAAUUGCCUAAUAAAAAACACUAAUGUUAAUACAUUUGUAUAGAGAAUAGUUUCUCUCUAUAACAAAGUAUUGGGCUGUGACGAGCUAAAUAAGUAUUUUAAAGACUCAAAAAUCGAAAGUUUCCAAAUGAUCGUAAAAGGGAUGUUCAAAAUGUUCCAUGGAAACCUUAACCUAGAAUUACGAGGAAGAUUAAGAGCUGCCCAUCAUGCAAAACUAAACUAACUAAAAUUAAUUUAUGGCCAUAAGACCUUCAAGUCUGGCCUUUCCCCACAAUUCUUCAAGUUCGUCAAUAUCACUCUGCUCCAUUCAUGUAUUUCAUUAAUGAAAUCUUUCUCCAUUAAAUUGUGCUUACUAUUGCAUCAUGCAAAAGGAAUUACAGUUAAAGAAUACAAUUGUUAUGCAGAAAUGUUUUAUUUGACGCUUACUGAGUUUAAGGUAGAUGACGAAGAUAUCCAAGGGAUGAUGUCCCAAAUUAGUAUGAUGAAAAGCUUGAUUUGUAAAGACGCAUAG